UAGCACAGCAGCUGCACAAAACGCAGAUUUGUAAAAUGUAGGUGUUAACUGCCUCAUUCGCUUAAACUGGCCGUGGUGUUAUGUGACGUCAAUCCAUCUGUUUACGGUAUUCGGGAAAAAGCACAAUUUAGAUGUUGCUGAACGAAUUUACAGUCACGCGCCAGUGCUUUGACAGGCAGUGUGUGAAUGUCAGUUUCAUUACUAGUUACCCGAGUAGAUAUUCGCUCUUCUGAACAAUUGAUUUUGUGGCAUGUCGAGCACAAACUGAUAAGAUAGGAGGCUAAAUGCCAGACGUUGGAAAGUGUGUCAUUAAUUGAAGGGUUGACGGUAUCCAGUAAACAUCUCAAAUCAACAAGUCAGCUGACGAUGGCCAGCAGGGAUGCCAGUGAGAACACCCCUCUUUUGGACAGCAGCUCUGUGUACAGGCCUGUGUCAGUGUUCCAGGGCAGAAGACUGGCGUGUGCAACCAUUCUGCUUGCAGAAUCAUUGGAACGAGUUGCAUUCUAUGGCAUCACUUCCAACCUGGUUCUUUUCCUUAACAGUAGCCCAUUUUAUUGGGAGGGGACUGAGGCCAGCCAGGCCCCCCUGAUGUUCAUGGGGGUUACAUACCUGAUCUCACCAUUUGGUGGCUGGCUGGCUGAUGCAUAUCUGGGCAAGUUCUGGACCAUUGCUGGCAGUUUGAUUCUAUACUUCKUUGGCAUGCUGUUUUUCCCAUUUAUCACAUAUGACUACUCCAGGAAUGCCCUAUGUGGUGAAGAAAUUGCAUUUCCAGUGCAACCUGCAGAGUGUUUGAGCUCAAACGGUACUCCAAGCAAUGUGACCUGCCCCACACGGGCACCUUACUGUGGGCCAGUGAUCUACACYGGCCUUGUUCUCAUCGCCCUAGGUGUAGGAACAGUAAAGUCCAACAUCACUCCAUUUGGGGCCGACCAGGUAAAAGAUUGCGGCCCAGAGGCCACUCGCAGGUUCUUCAACUGGUUCUACUGGUGCAUCAACCUGGGGGCCAUCUUGUCGCUGGGUGGUGUGGCCUACAUCCAGCAGAACAUCAACUUCCAAUUGGGGUACAUAAUUCCAGCUGUGUGCCUGGGUGUCUCCUUCCUGGUGUUCCUGCUGGGGCGCACAGUCUUCAUCAACAAGCCUGCUGACGGUAGUGCCUUCACUGACCUGUUCAAGAUCCUGGUUUAUGCCUGCUGCAACGCACAGCCCAAAGAGCCCAACCUGCUACGGGCUAAGCCAACCAUGCUGGAUGGAGCUAAGGUGACUUAUGGAGGGAGAUUCCCUGAGGAGAAAGUGGAGGAGGUGAAAGCACUGCUGAAAAUUCUCCCAGUGUUUUUUGCUCUUAUCCCAUACUGGAUUGUGUACUUUCAGAUGCAGACAACGUAUUUCCUCCAGAGCCUACAUCUAAGGAUUCCUGACACCAGCACAGGCACCAACAGCAGCGCUGGCACCCACCAGAUCACGUUCCGCUUCCCUGCCGCCUGGCUGACAAUGUUCGACGCAGUGCUUAUUCUCAUGCUGAUCCCUCUUAAGGACAAAGUGGUGGAUCCCAUCCUCAAACGCAGAGGCCUGCUGCCCUCCUCCCUCAAGAGGAUCGCAGUGGGGAUGUUCUUCGUUAUGUGUUCAGCUGUGGCGGCUGGUAUACUGGAGACAAAACGACUUGAGAUCAUCAAGUCUAAUGGCACAUUCGACCAGGUCUUUGGCGAUGUCAUCUACUACGCAGCAGAUCUGCCUAUAUGGUGGCAGGUACCUCAGUAUGUGCUCAUCGGAAUCAGCGAAAUCUUUGCCAGCAUCGCAGGUCUGGAGUUUGCCUACUUAGCUGCCCCCAGGUCCAUGCAGAGUGCCAUCAUGGGGCUGUUCUUCUUCUUCUCUGGGAUUGGCUCCUUCGUGGGUUCCGCCCUACUGUCCAUAGUCUCCCUCAAGGGGAUUGGCUGGAUGUCCUCCCACAAGGAUUUUGGUAACAUCAAUGACUCCCAGCUCAACUACUACUUCUUCCUGCUAGCGGGGAUCCAGGGCCUCACCCUGCUUGUCUUCCUCAUCGUGUCGGUCAAGUACGACAAACAGAAGAGUAGUAGAGCAGGAAGUCAGAGGCAGGGUAUCACUUCAUCUUGGUCCCAUGACUGACCCCUGUCCAUCUGACCUCACCCUACCUGCCUUAGUUUGUAGUAGUUAGUGCCAGAACACCUGCCUGAUUUGGUACUGGACUCCCUAAAAACAUGCCACUUCAAUACAGAUAUGACCAGAAGUUACUUUUCGAAGCAGGUUAAGAGAGCAUUUUAUCCAACUCUAACCCUUUUCCUAACCUUAACCUAAUUCUCCUAACCUGCUAUGUUAAUUUUCCUAACCCUUUACGAAAAAGUCCCCUUCCGGUCGUAGCUGUAUCAAAGUGACGUGUUUUUAGGGAAUCUCGAUUUGGUAUUGGAUAGAGUUUGUUCUUUUUACUUAAUGGGUUUGUAAGACUAUUACAUUUUCAAAGCAAAAAUAUAUUUUUACUGUACACUCGCACAUCCCUCACAUGAGAUCAAGUUCAUGUUAAUGUAUAUUUAUUGUACAGUACCUUAUUUAAAACAUCAUUACUGUGUUUGAUCAGGGUUCCCUUGAAUAUGAAUGGUGUAAUUUUCAAUAAUUUAAACCAAUUAUUUAACGUAAGCUGAUCAAAUUAAUUACAAAUAGCUCACUCCUAUUGUCAGAUAAGUAAGCAUUACACGAAUGUGGCCUUUUCACUGGUGCCAUAGAUCAAUGAACAAUUUAAAACAAGGCACACCAUUUUGAAAAACUUUUGAGGCUUCUUCAACUGACUGAUCAGGUUUGUACUCUUGCUUGUUUUCUCUUAAAUCCUUUCUUUGAUCAUUUGCACUAGAGGAAUUGUGCCAUUUUCACACUGUAUUGAACAUUAUUCAAUUGUGAUUAGGGGCUUGGUGUUUGCUAUAUUACUUGUAUAAACUUGUUUAUGAUUGGCAUGUAAAGGUUAAAUAGAAAAGUUAUUUACAUUUUUUUGCUAACCAUUAUUUUCACCUACUGUAUGUGUUUUCAAUAUGGAYCUAUGUUUUCAGUCUUUAAUUUUGAUGUCAUACUGUUGCUUAUACACUGAGUGUACAAAACAUUAGGAACAACCUUCCAAAUAUUGAGUUGCACCCCCUUUUGCCCUCAGAACAGCCUCAAUUCUGGACUCUACAAGG